AUGUCUUUAUCUGAUUCUGAACUCGAUGCCUCUUCGAGGACAAUGAAGAAUGUCACCUUAGUCACAGAUGACAACAAGCAAACCACAAAAGAAUUCGAAUUGGAGGGUACGGUAAAAACUCUUUCUAAAAAUGAUGCUUACAUCAUAGAAAAAAAAGAGACCGAUUCAGAAAAUAAUGUAAGCAUUGUGCAAGAUGGUGAAAAGGCGUCCUGGUUUCAGAAGAUCAUAGAGUUUUUAGAAGUCAAGUAUGAUUCUACCGAUUCAGUUAAUCAUAAGCCCAAAAAAUCGAUAAGGACGCUAAAGGAAUUACGGGAGUCCCUACGUACCACUUACUUGUACAACACAGAUCUACGGCCUGUGGAAGCUAAAAGAAGAACGUGGACAUGGAAGCAGUAUAUUUUCUUUUGGAUUUCCGGGUCAUUCAAUGUUAACACAUGGCAAAUAUCAGCCACUGGUCUACAGCUAGGGCUUAACUGGUGGCAGACUUGGAUCUGUAUAUGGGUUGGAUACACUUUUGUUGCAUUUUUCUUGAUAUUGGGCUCCAAAGUCGGAAACAAUUACCAUAUCUCCUUCCCCAUCUCGUCAAGAGUGUCAUUUGGUAUCUAUUUCUCCAUCUGGAUAGUAAUCAAUCGUGUAGUCAUGGCAUGUGUCUGGAAUUCGACGUUAGCGUAUAUCGGUAGUCAGUGUGUCCAAUUGAUGCUAAAGUCCAUCUUUGGCACUGAUUUAAACAUAAGAAUCAAAGACACCAUAAAGAACCCUAAUCUGACGAAUUUCGAGUUUAUGUGCUUCAUGGUAUUCUGGGUUGCGUGUUUGCCGUUUCUAUGGUUCCCACCGGAUAAACUGCGUCAUAUCUUCGCAUUUAAAUCUGCCAUCACCCCAUUUGCAGCAUUCGGAUUUUUAAUCUGGACACUUGGCAAGGCCAAAGGCCGUUUAGCGUUGGGUUCAUUGAAUGAUAAUAGUGGCACCAUCAAUAGGUCCGUCUUGGCAUGGUCUGUGAUUAGAGCCAUUAUGAGCGCCCUAGAUAAUUUUUCCACUUUGAUCCUAAACGCUCCUGAUUUCACCAGAUUCGGCAAAACCUACAGGUCAUCUGUUUAUUCGCAGUUAGUUGCUCUACCUGUCUGCUAUGCAAUUAUUUCCUUAAUUGGUAUACUGUCCGUCUCUGCAGCUUAUACUUUAUACGGCAUCAACUAUUGGAGUCCCCUAGACAUAUUGGACAGAUACCUGGACAACUACACUUCAGGGAACAGAGCAGGUGUGUUCCUAAUCUCGUUCAUUUUUGCAUUUGACCAGUUAGGUGCUAACUUGUCCGGUAACUCUAUUCCUGCAGGUACUGAUAUGACUGCAUUAUUGCCCAAGUUCAUUAACAUUAGACGUGGUUCUUAUAUUUGUGCUCUAGUAUCGUUAGCGAUUUGUCCCUGGGAUUUAUUGUCAUCAUCAUCGAAGUUUACCACGGCAUUAUCAGCAUACGCGGUUUUCUUGAGUGCUAUUGCAGGCGUUAUUUCAGCCGAUUACUUUAUUGUCAGAAAAGGUUACGUUAAUAUUUUCCAUUGCUACACCAAUAAACCAGGAUCUUACUACAUGUACAAUAAAUAUGGUACAAAUUGGAGAGCAGUGGUAGCGUAUAUUUUUGGAAUUGCCCCCAAUUUUGCAGGAUUCUUGGGUUCGGUGGGGCUUUCCGUGCCAAUUGGUGCUAUGAAAGUCUACUAUUUGAACUAUUUUGUGGGUUACCUUAUUGCAGCAUUAUGUUACUGCAUUCUAGUAUAUUUCUACCCGAUUAAAGGUGUUCCAGGAGAUGCUAAAAUAACUGACUGCAAGUGGCUUGAAGAAUGGAUCGAAGUCGAAGAAUUUGGGACGGAAAGAGAAGCAUUCGAAGAAUAUGGUGGUGUUUCCACUGGCUUUGAAAAGGUACGAUAUGUUUAA